UAAACCAAAAUGGAUAAAGCCUCUCUGUGACCAGCCUCUCUGAGUUAAAACAGAAGAAUAACCUAGAAGGAGAAGAAGGGGAAAGAGGACGGAUAACUUGUGGAGAUCCAUCACUUGUUACAAAGAGGAAAAAGCACUAAAUCCUCCAGGUGACCAAAAACCCCACUUCUAAUCCUGGAAGCAGCAUGGAUAUGCAGUUUGUCUACGACCUUUUAGGGGAAAAUGCUUGGUCAUACAUCAGUGCUACCUUUGUCGUGUUGUGGAUUAUCGUGUGGCUGUACAGAGACAGCUUGCAGAUUGAGGACAUCUCUAACAAAUAUGUCUUUGUGACCGGUUGCGACUCGGGUUUUGGAAACCUGCUAUGUAAGAAGCUCGACCGUAGGGGUUUCCGCGUGCUGGCUGGCUGUCUAACGGAAAAGGGAGCUGAUGACCUGAAAAGAGCGGCGGGGCCUUAUUUAAAGACUAUCCUGCUGGAUGUGACCAAUCAGGACAGCAUCCAGAAAGCCAUGGAGUGGACCAAGACUGAGGUUGACGAUAAGGGACUCUGGGGUAUUGUGAACAAUGCUGGAUGCUCAUUACCCAUGGGUCCUUCAGAGUGGAUGAGAGUGGAGGAUUUCCAUAGGACACUGAAAGUCAACAUGAAUGGAGUGAUUGCCAUGACGAUGACCUUCCUGCCCCUCAUCAAAAAGGCUCGCGGCCGUAUUGUGAAUGUGGCAUCAGUGCUGGGCAGGGUAGCUGCAAACGGUGGUGGAUACUGCAUCUCCAAGUUUGCAGUGGAGUCUUUCUCUGACUGCCUCAGGAGAGAUAUCAACUACUUUGGAAUCAAUGUGUGCAUCAUUGAGCCAGGCUUUUUCAAGACCGCAGUGACAAGCCUGGAACCCCUCGAGAAGGAGCUGCAUCGCCUGUGGAACCAGCUCAGCCCUGAAGUACAAGCCAGCUACGGAGACAAGUACCUUGAUAAAUACAUCAAGGUCCAGCGUUUGAUCAUGAAUGGUAUCUGCGACACCGACCUCACCAAAGUGACCAGCUGCAUGGAGCACGCUCUGACUGCUGCCCACCCACGCACCAGAUACAGCCCCGGCUGGGAUGCCAAGCUUCUCUGGAUCCCCCUCUCUUACAUGCCUUCCUGUGUAGUUGACAUUGGGCUGAAGCUGGUGCUGCCUCGUCCUUCAAAGAGCGUGUAACUCAUGACUUCAAAAAUGUCUUUUAAAGUCCUCAGCCAUUUUGUUUCAUUUUGAUGCAGUGCAGAGGUUGACUUAAAUAAAUUAUCUUUUGCCUUUCAAAA